AUGGCCGAUCCCAAGAUUCAAGAACUCCUCACCAAGCCUCGCAACGAGCUCACUGAAUACGAAAUCGCCCAGCUCGAAGAACACGAAUUCUCCGCCGGCCCCCUCUCCAUCCUCCAGACCGCCGUGCGCUCUCACACCCAGGUCCUCAUCUCCAUCCGCAACAACCGCAAGCUCCUCGCCCGCGUCAAGGCCUUCGAUCGCCACUGCAACAUGGUGCUCGAGAACGUCAAGGAGAUGUGGACGGAGACGCCUAGGGGGGCGGGUGGGAAGAAGGGAAGGCCUGUGAAUAAGGAUCGGUUUAUUAGCAAGAUGUUCCUCCGAGGCGAUAGCGUCGUCCUCGUCCUCCUCAGUUAA